AUGGUGGAACCUGAACCAGAGACUGAGGAAGAGCCUGUUGUGCCUCCACGUCGCCGCUCCAGUCGUGCCCCUCCUCGCUCGUUCCCUCCGCCUCCGCCUCCCUCCGCCAUCGACCCUCCUGAACAGAUUACUAGCACUACUCAGUGGGAGCUCCCGUCGAUCCCCCAGGCUACAUCUGAAUUUGGCGAUGAAACGGACCUAGCUUCAUCCAGAUUCUCAGAAGACUCGACGUUCCAUGGAUCCACUUCACCAAUGCGUCAAUCCGACUCUCGCCGCACCUCAGGGCAGACUGCUCGUCCCGUUGAUCAGCAGCUCAGCGCAGACGAUCUCAUGGUGCUUUGGGGAAAAAUUGGAGUGCAGGUGGUGGAGUCUGCGACGGGGUUGUUCGAGAAAUCUAAACGCUCGCUUGUUGGCGACGGUUCGUACGCGGGAUUUGUAAAGGCUGUUUUAGCUCAAGUUCCCGAUGCGCAACGCGUCUCAGGGGAGGGUGAGGAUUGGGGGUACUCUAUCUACGUGCAAAGUGCCGGCUCGGUGCAGCGCCGCGUUGCUGAUAUCCUGCCGGGCGACGUGAUCGCCUUUUGGGACGCGAAGCUCAAGGGCCACAAGGGGCUUCACACGUAUAGCCAAACUGUUGGCGUAGGGGAGAACGGCCCGCUUGUAGGUGUGGUGAGCGAGGUGGAGAGUAAAAAGAGCAAAGUUCGCAUAUGGCAAGCGAAUCAGCAUGUCGGUCAGCAGACUGUGGAGAAUGUGAGUUAUAGGUUGGAGGAUCUGAAGAGUGGGGUUGUUAAGGUGCGUUAUCUUCUUUUGUUUGAUUGA